UUACAAGAGCGCGCGUGCACACUGCGCUCGUGUGAGGAGCAGAGAGCGCGCGAGUUCCUUAAGCAAGUGUCACACCAAAACAGCUACAAGAAGUUGAGAACACGCCAACGACCGUGGAAGAUGGAGGAGCAUUCUGUUGUAAAAAAGCGCUCGGUGGCUGAACUAGCUGGAAAAUUCAGUAUUCCAAUACCCCACAUGACAGACGCUGAAGUGAACAAGCCUGUGAGGAGGAGACCCCCACGCUCACUACCGCUGCCUGCUGCUAAUGAUGCAGGUCAAAGCCAGGAUGAGAAAGGAGCUGAAACAGUAUCAACCAGGAAGAACAGAAACUCUGCCCUCAUUGAGAAACUGCAGGCCAGCCUUACGCUUUCUCCUACGGGACCUCCGUCCUUUUCAAAGAGCCCAGGGGUGCUGAAGUUACCGGUGCCGUCCAUCUCCCCCGGCUCUCCCAGCAGCCCCUCUAGUCCUCCCAUAACUGUCACGCCCAAACAAGAGGAAACUCCUGCCAGCUUUGAGAGUCCCACUGAGGGAACUGUUCUCAAAAGCAUCAACAAGGGUAGAGCUCGACUUUCCAUCAAGCGGCGCCCACCGUCUCGCAGACACAGGAAGUCCAGUGCAGAUGAAGGCGGAGAUGAUGUGGAUAAAACAGCCUCAGCCACCCUCGAUCAAACGACUCCAAAUGGGCAUGAAAGAGACGUGUUUGAAGAACACAAGACGUCACCAGAUGCAGAAUCUCUCUCCUCUAAAGAACAGAUCCAGCAGGAAACGGAACCUGCAGAUCCAGAGAAGCCAGAACCGGAGGAAAAAGUGGAGACUGUGACUUCGGAAAAGAUUGAGGGAGAAGAGAAAGAAGAGGAAACAGAACCAGAGCUAAAGGAAGAGAAACGUGAAGAUGAACCACCGCUGACUAACAAUACAGAAGAAACACGUGAAGCGCUAGACACGCAACCACAAACAGAGCCGGACACAACAGAUGAGAAAGAAGAGGAACCGAAAGAAGAUGAAGUAAACCAUUAGAGCCGAGUGAGAGUGUAAAGUCUCUAAAUAGAAAAAAAAGGUCAAAGCUGCCUCAGACUGAAGACUGAAACUCACUGCUUAACCAUAGCGAAGACAUCAGGAGAAGAUGAAAUAAUGUCAAUUGGUUUAAGACUUUAGACUUAAACCAAAGAUUGGAUUCGUUUGAAUGUGCAAGUGAAACCCGCAGCUGCAGAGAACUACCGUAUUGUCCCUCCUGUACAGUUGUGUUAUUGUUCUGAGCCACAUUAGUUUGAUUUGAGAUCAUAUGGGAUUUGGUUUGGUUUUUACUUUUGUAUAUAAAUAUUAGUCUUCACAUAUUUUGUAUAUAGUUCUUGUAGUUCGUAGUUGUAUUCCUGUCAUAAAUAUGAAUGGUGGAUCAUUGAGACUUGCAGAAAAUAAAAAAUGGGAAUAUGAAAAAAAC